GGGGCUGCCACAAUCCUCUUUCAAUCCAACUUCUGAACCCUAAAAACUAGGGUUUAAGAGCGACAAAUUUGUCUUCUCUCGGCGGUGAAAUGGCGAAAUUCAACGUUGUGCAGAAGAAGCGGCGGACGUUCAUUGCCAAUGAGAAGAGGAGGAUUCACGGAGACCCGGCGUCGGGGAAGCUGCACCAGAGAAUUCAGCCCAAAUCCAUCUCCGGCAAGCGCCAGCGCAAGCUGCUCAAGAAAUGGCGCAGGGAGCAGAAGGAGGCCGUGGAAAAGGGGUUAAUUACUAUGCAAGAUGUUGAGAUGGCCGCUGCUGAGGAGCCUGCGGAAGAUGCUAAAAAGACUCCCGUUAAAUUCCCAAUGAAGAGGGCUGCCAGACUAAGAUUGAAGAAGAAAGGGAACAACACGAAGAAAUCUCAAAAACCUGUUGGAGAAGCAUCAAAUGACUCCAUGGUGGAGUAACCUACAUGAUACUAUGUGAUUUAAGUUCUUGGUAUUAGCUAUUUUUUUUUACUUUAGUUUUUCUUUUGCCUUACAAAUUAUGGCCUAUGGUGUAUGAUGUCAAUACAAUUUAAUCUGUUGUGCAAUGACAGUAUAUGUUUUCUCAAA